UCAAAGCGCUGCCAAAUGUUUUAAGCUGAAGGUGAAGACCGGAAGCCGCAGUUUGAAGCGCGCCCGGCUAACUUGACAGUGGCAUGUCAAAACCAGUCGUUCAUACGAGACCCAGCCUACACGUCGUAACUGUGAAAGUGGAUGUGAGAGGAAGUCACAUCCAUUAGCCUGACCUACCAGCCCUGUGGCUGUGGUUGCUAUUUAAAGUGGCUAACAAGCUAGCUAACCUAUACCCGCUAACUUCACGAUUUUGAGGCAGUUUACAGACGAACGGUGUGGCGAACGGCGGCGCUAGUACUACUCUGUUUACGGAGCUGAACACGCCAAUUUCUCUUCCACAGAAACGUCCUGCCACAAUGGACAACCUGAGUGACGCUCUGGAGAAACUGAAGAUCGCGUCAACAGACAGCGCGACUGACAGUGUGGAGAGCUGUUUGGACUGCCUGCUGAAAGCCCUCGCCAACAACAGCACUGAAGCCAGCAUGAAGAUCCAUGAGAUGGGCGUCCUCCCCCUGUUCCCCACCCUGUUACACCCCCAGUCCUCCUGCACACCCAAAGUAGCCAACAUUAUAGCCGAGGUGGCAAAAAAUGAGUUCAUGCGGAGUCCCUGUGUCGAAGCCGGCCUCAUCCCUCCUUUAGUCCAGCUGCUAAGCUCCACUGAUCAGGAGGUGUUGCUGCAGACUGGCCGCGCUCUGGGCAACAUAUGUUAUGACAGCCAUGAGGGCAGGAGUGCAGUUGACCUGGCAGGAGGGGCUCAGAUAGUAGCUGAACACAUAAAGUCCCUCUCCCAAAAUACUGAGCCGGAAAAUGAGAAGCUCUUGACUGUCUUUUGUGGCAUGCUGAUGAACUAUAGCAAUGAUAAUGAUUCCCUACAAGCCCAGCUGAUCAACAUGGGUGUAAUUCCCACUCUGGUGAAGCUACUUGGCAUCCACUCCCAUAACACAGCCCUGACAGAAAUGUGUCUAAUUGCCUUUGGGAAUUUGGCUGAGCUCGAGUCCAGCAAAGAGCAGUUUGCAUCCACCAAUAUUGCUGAGGAACUGGUGCAUCUCUUCCAGAAACAGAUGGAGCACGAGAAGAAGGAAAUGAUCUUUGAAGUUCUGGCUCCACUUGCAGAAAAUGAUGUCAUAAAGCUGCAGCUGGUGGAGGCAGGCCUGGUGGAGUGUCUGCUGGACGUCGUGGCUCAGACAGUGGAUGGAGAGCGGGAGGAGGACAUCGCCCAGCUGAAGACUGCCUCUGACCUGAUGGUUCUGCUGCUGCUCGGGGACGAGUCCAUGCAGAAGCUGUUUGAGGGAGGAAAGGGCAGCGUCUUCCAGAGGGUCCUGUCCUGGAUACCAUCUCACAACCAUCAGCUGCAGCUGGCCGGGGCGCUGGCCAUCGCUAACUUUGCUCGCAAUGAUGGCAACUGCAUCCACAUGGUGGACACUGGCAUCGUGCAGAAGCUUCUGGAGCUGCUGGAUCGGCAUGUCGAGGAAGGAAACGUCACGGUUCAGCAUGCAGCACUGAGCGCCCUACGGAACCUGGCUAUACCCGUGGUGAACAAAUCCAAGAUGCUGUCAGCUGGUGUGGCAGACGUGGUGUUGAAGUUCUUGCAGUCGGAGAUGCCUCCAGUCCAGUUUAAACUCCUGGGAACGUUACGCAUGCUCAUCGAUACCCAAGCUGAAGCAGCAGACCACCUGGGAACCAAUGGGAAGCUGGUGGAAAGGCUCGUGGAGUGGUGUGAAGCCAAGGAUCACGCAGGCGUAAUGGGCGAGUCCAACAGGCUUCUGUCUGCCCUCAUUCGACACAGCAAGUCCAAGGAAGUAGUGAGGACUGUCAUCCAGGGAGGAGGAGUCAAACACUUAGUUACCAUGGCAACCAGUGAGCACAUGAUUAUGCAGAAUGAAGCCCUGGUGGCUCUGGGUCUUAUAGCAGCCCUGGACUUAGUUGCAGCUGAGAAGGACUUGGUUGGAGCUGGUCUGGUGUCUGUGCUUCACAAGCUGCUGUCCGAUGAGAGGAGUGCGCCGGAGAUCAAGUACAACUCCAUGAUCCUCAUCUGUGCAGUCAUGGGCUCAGAGCCGCUUCAUAAAGAGGUCCAGAGCUUGGCAUUUAUCAACAUUGUGUCCAAGCUGAGGGCUCACGAAAACAAGACGGUAUCACACCAGGCGUCGCUCACAGAGCAGCGACUAACAGCCCAGAGCUAAAUGACUGAGUCUAACCCCACCCACACCUACCCACUGAAUGCCUGCCUGAUACCUAAUUAUCCAGUGACACCUCACCACUGCGCUCCCCUGUGCCCCAUCGUCAUGUGCCAAGGUACCAUGUCAUGUGAACUGCGAGCCAGAUAUCCACUUAUGUCUCUGCCACCUCCACUAGGGUUAGACUGAUGUGUAAUACUUUGUGCUUAUAUACAAUCUGAGUAUUGAGCUUUUAUUUUGAAGAACCCAUAAUUAUAAACUUGUCAAAGUGAAAACCUCUGUUUUUAGAUACACACACUCUCCUCUGAAAGCCAUAUUUGUAGUUUUAUUCCGACGGGUUAGCAGAAGGCCGGCUGAGGAAGGCUUCACACACACAACCCUUAGACUGAUGUGGAGCCACUAAUAAACGCAUUAGUCUAACCCUAUCCCCCUCCUCUACACGUGCAUGCGUCUCUGGUACAAGGAGCUCCACGAGGGCCGGGGCACCAUAGACUGCCCAAUGCAAUAGAUUGAAGAAGACACUCUUUUAUGACCAUAGCUGUGACGCCAUCCGCCGGUAAGCCGUGGAAGAAAGUGUGCACAAAAGAGCAAAAAAAGCUUUCCUGUUGUGGAUUUUCUUUGGUUUUUCAAAGCAGACAGCCAUGACGUGCCCAGCUGUGUCCCAUGUAGAUAGACUAUACGCUGACUAGGAGCUGUGCAUGUUUCAGUCCUGUUCACGGUGUGCCACGUUUACCUGUCCGCUGCUUGCAUACUCCAGAGCAUAGCCAGCCCUCUUCCUGCUGACACCUCGAGUCUUGGACUCUCUAAAGAUUUUAUUCAGUUUUUAAAUUGUGUUGUCCAAACAGUUACACAAACAAAAGGAAGGAAAAGUACGAGCAGAGGGGGAAAUUGGACGUGCGCCCUUCCUGAUAAAUGAUGUAUAAUGACCUUCUGCAGGAGCUCCUGGACUUUAUCCAAGACCAUCAUACUGUGAAUAAUGGUCUUUAAUUGCCACCUCCUGGAAGUUUUACAGGAAUGUGUACAGCGUAGCCUCAGUAACAGCAGGAGAGGUCCAAUCACAGCAUCAGUGAGAGCACAGGGCGUCCUGCAUGUCGGAUAUAUGAAAUCAUUCCAGUCAGUGCAUCGUAGCUCAAACCAACAUCAGUGAGCUGUUAUUGUUUCAGGACAUCUCAGAGCAGCACCAAACGAGAUCAGGCCCCACAAACGCAGCCCCCGCGUGUCCGUGGGGUCACUGCCGUGUACAGUCUGUGGUGACCGCACAGCUUCAGCUCGGCAGCAGGGAACAGGGAUUAACAGUUAAUUGAACGCAGACACAAAGCAGCUCCCACACGGCGCCCUCUGGAGGACAGACGUGGUUUACAUGCAGCAGGUUCUAGUCGGUUGGUUCUAGCGUGCACUCCUCACCCUGUUUCCUGGUCUGGGCCCACACCUGUCCUUUUCUUUUUUAAAGGUAUGAAUGGUUAUUUAUCAGAGUCGUGCUCUUCUACAGACACAUGCCAGUAGAGAUCUAUCCUUAGUAACUGCAUAAAUUACUAUAAACAUAUAUGUUUGUUGUACAUGUCAUGAGUUGUAUAUUUUGGAGGAUUGUAACUCAGAUAAUUGUAAUGCAGAUAAUUAAAAACGAUAGCUGGUGACGA